AGGACACGAGGCGGCUUUUUUGUUUUCCCUAGUCGCAGACACUGACAGUGAGCUCGGUACUUUGACUAGUAUCUACGGGCGCCAGUAUCCAACAUCGCAACAAUUUCUUCCUCAUUUUCCGUUCUCUCUUCACUCCAGCACGCCUUAAUUCAGUACGACGACGCCCGCUGCACCACCAAAUUAGCAUCCUUAGCACUCGCUCUAUUCACUCGCUCUUAUUUCUUCGACCACCAAUCCUUCUCUCCGACCUAUAACGCUCGCACUCUUUAUCUCCUAUUACCCGCAUAUAAUGAGUCCUAUUCCUGCUCCGACUAUCCCAGACACCACUUCAGACAGGGAAGAAGAUGAAGAGGACUGGGAUAUUCCUGAGGUCGACGUCCCACCACACUUCACUGGCCAAGAGGACUUUGAAGAAGGGUUUUCUUUACCCUCCGAAUUGACCCAAUUGUCAUUGGCUCCUUUGACUCUCAAUCACCGUUCCUCCAAGAGCUCUCUCGAAUGGGGCGACAAAGACCAUACCUCUUCUUCUCAGUCUUCCGAUGCCUAUUCCAACCUUGGCCUCACUCAUGCCUCUUCCUCCAACUCCGAAUCUUCUGUCUCUAACGCAGAAUCAGAAACCGACGAGGACGAAAGCGAGCUCGAAGGGCUCGUCAUCCCUUCCGACGUCUUCGAUUCUGGCAAAGGUGCUCGUCAUCUCACCAACCUUUUGACAUUGAAGAAAGCUGCUGUUAUGUCGGAUUAUGAAGUCAAGGUUGCUAGUCCUGAUCCCGAGGAUGAUUUCGAGACGGGUCUACAGUCACAUCUGCGGCGCGCGGAUAACCGAAGCAAGAGCGUCCCUCCUCACCAGAGAACUGUUUCAGGUACAAGGCCUUCGUCGCGACUAAGGUCUGGUAGGCCCAAGUCCCCUGUCAAACUUGACCCAGUCGCUUCCCGAAGCGUUCAAAAGUCCGGGGCUUCACCUUCGCCACCUUUGCAUCUGCCUUCUCGUUCAAACACGCCUUUGACGCAUUUACCCGCUCCAUCUUCAUUUCUCUCUCCCAGGCCCGGCAGUCUCCGCGGGCAAAAGUCGCAUACAGGGCUCAACUCUUCACCGCCUCCAACCACCAAGAGGCUCUCCAGGAAAUCGUCAUUGUCUUCGUUGAUGGGUAGUAACACUCGAGCCUCAGGAUCUUCAGUGCCGAGCUCUUCAAAUGGUGCUCGUUACGAAGAGCCUACUGCUGCGUCUCGUGCCAAGUCGCACAAGGCAUCCAUGAGUCGGGUAGCACAAGAAUACAAAGUUCCCCCCACACGUCCUUCCACUCCUUCCGCGAGUACCGCCGCUCAUCGUCUAACGGUGCCCACUUCUGGUCGCCUCAAGUCGCGCCCGGCAUUACCGGCUGUGUUUUGUUCAUCACCGUCGGGAAACAUACAGCCACCACCUUUCCGUCGAACUGCAUCACCCCUUCCACCGCGUCCAGCGUCUACUUCUAAACUUGUUUCUUAUGCGUCAACGCCUAUAGCACCCAAAGUGCUUCGUAAACCAAAACGUCUACGCACGUAUGGGGAUGGUACAGAGCUUGACGCUAUCGAAGACUUGCCUACCGAUCGAGACAAGGAGAGUCGGUUCAGGGUGGUAGCUUUGCUAAAAUCACCUAAAGACACUAUUCGCAGGAAACACUUGCGUGAAGGUUCUGGUGCCGAGUCCACGACAUCCCUAAAUUCUUUCUUUUCCAAGCGACCACCGAAGUUGGAUCCAUCCCACUCAAAUUCGUCGGGACGUUCCCCACCAAAGAAGAAGAAGGCUGGAUUAUCAACGCAAACGAAGCCUACUCUGAUACGGAAUCUGGGUGGCGUCGGUGGUCCCAAAGUCGUUGGUGACAUGAAAUGGAACCCACAAACCAUGCGAUGGGAAGGAAACGAACAAGUCCUGCGUGAUUUUGAUGCCGUUGUUACAUCCACACGACCGGCACUAAUCACACAUCUCACUGGAUCAUCAAUGGGCUCUCCAGCGAGUUCUUUCGGCUCUGGUGCGCGGAUAGUGGGGAACAUGGUCUUUGAUCCUAUACGCUUAUGCUGGAUCUCGACUUUACCGCCAGAAGAGGAUGAACCGGACGUCUUUGCCAAUCUUGCUGAUGACGAAGAUGACAGCGAUAGCUGGGAAUCCAAAGCCGGGACCAUUCGAGCUUCUGCUCAGUCAAGCGUGGCGACUUCAUUCUCUACUCCUGAUCGUAGUCAAACGCGGACACCUUCGGAUUGUGGCAGCGACCGCGGUUCGCGAGGCUCGAUGGUGUAUGACAUCGAUGACACGUUUGUGCAGAACUGCCGAAAAGCAGAAGAGCGGCACCAUGUAGAAAUCAAAGGAUGGAAGAGCUCUCUUUCACGCGAAGAUGCUCUAUCUGGGCCUGACCGCUCCUUCCUCUACGAAAUAAGGGCUCUCGCUACUCGCAAGUACUAAUAUUACUUCAUACUAGACUGAAUAUUUUCCAUGCAGAAAUAAGCUUGUUUAAUUGUAGACGGUCAUCUCAUUCCUUAUCAUUAGGAUCUUUUUAGUAUAUGGACGUUUCGUCUCUAUGCUUUCAUCCUUUGCUCUGUUGCAUAUAUCUGUUCUCAUGGAAUCCCUUUGCAUAUGUUUAUACUAUAAAUAAAUAUCACUUACGACCUGAACGUGAACUGUCGGUCCGA